AUGUUUACCAUAAGAGUGGGAGUGAGAGAGGACUGCGCGGCCAUUGAGGGUAUGAUCCGAGAGCUGGCCGUAUACGAGAAGAUGCCGGACGGACCCAAAAUAGACCGCCGAGUGCUCGAGACGGACGGCUUUGACCGGUCGGGCGACCCGUUGUUCCGCACGUUUGUGGCCGAGAGGACAGACAAUGAGAGUCGAGAGUUGAUUGGGUUUGCGCUGUAUUUCUAUAAGUACUCGACGUGGGAGGGAAAGGGCCUCUGGAUGGAGGACCUGUACGUUAAGCCCGAGCACAGGGGGUCUGGUGUCGGCUACGCUCUGUUGCGAGCGGUGGCCAAACAGACUGCCGACGAGGGAUGCGCUCGACUCGAGUGGAAUUGUUUGGAUUGGAAUCACAGCUCUAUUGAGUUCUACAAGAAGUUGAAAGCCGUUGACUUGACUGAAGCCGACGGUUGGCAUUGUUUCCGUCUCACUGCCCACCAGUGCUCACAACUGGUCAGCCCUUCGCCACAACAAUGA